AUGUCGGUAGUUUUGUUGGGCAACAUCAUACAAAGCCUUGGAAGUUCCUUUGAAUGGUUGUUGGGGGCUGUACUUGUCCCCUCACCUGCCAAUCACCUGCCAGAGAUGGAUCCGCCACCACCGCCUAACGCGCCGCUGCUUCCCCCAGCCCCGGCCCCGGCUCCUCCUCCCUAUGAUCAAGGAGGAUGCUUAGAAUUAUUUUUGUGGAUGCUGUGCUGCUGCGGUCUAUGUAGAUGCUGCUGCCCUCCACUCUUUGAGCCUGGUCCUCCUCCACCCUAG